UGAAUAUCAAACAAGCUACUUGUACAGCUUUUCUUUCAUUAUCAUUCAAACUUUUCGAUUUGUUUGUUUUUAUUACACCACUAUCACACACCAACAGUAUGGCGCAAAGAAUCGUUGCUUGCUACCGAUGGAUCAAGGCCGCUAGCGGAGGAAGUCAUCUGUAUGCCAAAAUCAGCAAUAGAGGCACGCCAUACAAGAAGUUAUCAAAGGAACCAACUUUGAUCAAAGGCCAAGAUGUUUUUGGCGAUAACACUCCGCUGCUUGAAUGAUGGCUUAUUAACUAACACAUUUCCGAAAACCGGUAUGACAUUAUGAGAACUACGAUUUAUACACAGAAUACUGGACAAGCGUUGGCUCGGGCGUUCUUUGCUAUACAGGGAUAGGGGCAUUACAGAUGGGCUAAGAAUAAAGGUGACGCUGCUGGACACUUCAACCUAGGAAAUUCAAAGGGCGUUAUUUUGGGUUACAAGAGGAUUAGAACAAACAAAAAAAUCACACCAUGGUUUAGCAAUAACGAAUAUUUUUGCUACGGAUUGCUAUCAAUAGAUAUAUCACUAUUAUCACGUUC